GCUCCAUCCCUCUCCCAUCUCGAGACCCAAAACGGAACCCAAAAGCUCACCCACUUUCUCCCUCUCUCGUCAUCUCAUAAAAAAAAAUCAGCCCUGAUCUCCUAAAAAUCCCCUUCGCCCGACGAUCGAGCUCAUCUCCUGUUGAAUCUCCGAGUCCUCAAGCAUGGGGAAGAACCAAGCGUACAAAUCUAUGCAGAGGGCGAAGCUGGGUUCGACCUCCGGUGGGCCCGAGGAGAUCGAAGACGGAAUGACGGAUGGUUCAUUUCAUUCACCAGAGUGGCAUGCUGCUCGUUUGGCCAGCCUUAAUACAUCUCACACUAUAACGUGGGAAGAAUUCAAAAAGAAACAGAAGGAAGAUGAGCUCAAAAAAGGUGAGUUGGAGGCAGACAAGGAUAGGAUGAUGAGAGAAUACAGGGCGCAGCUUGACGCUGAAAGAGCACGGAAGCUUUCCCUUGGGAGAAACCACUCCAGCAGCAAGUCACAUAAUAAUAAAGAGAAGAAGGAUAAAGAUUCGAAGAAAAGGAGUAGUAGAAAGAGAAAGCACAGGCGGAGAUCAUAUGAAUCAACUUCCUCAAGUUCACCCUCUGAAUCUUCAAGCAGCAGCGAUGAGGAGAGGGAUUCGAAAAGGUCAAGGUCAAAGUCAAGAUCUAAGAAAUCGAAGAAGGAAAGAAAGCAUAGGUCAAGAAAUAAGCAUGUCAGCAGUGAGAAUGAGGAGGAUGGUCCAUUGCCACUCUCCAGAUUCUUUGGCACUGUAAAGAGCUGAAGCGGCUUUCCACUAUUAGACAUGAAAAUGUUAUGUAUUCUGCCUUUUGAAUUUUCUAUUUGAUUUAAUAAAAAGGCAUACUAUCAUCGAGGUUUUAGAAGAAUGAGUGAAGAGUGAAUCUUGUAACCGCUUGUAUCAUUUACGAGGCUACUCCAUGAGCGGAAACAGAAAUUUGGCGCUUGGAGUAAAGAAUUAGGAUUGCAUUUGCUGAUAA